CUCGCGAGAUUUCCGCUGUAACGGAGGACUGGGGCUUGGUCUUGGAAGUUUUCAGAUGCAUCUGUAGAUGAAUCAUAACAGCAUCAAGAUGUCGGGACGAUCAGGCCGCGCUGAGACACGAAGUCGGGCUAAAGAUGACAUUAAAAAGGUGCUGGCAGCCAUCGAGAAAGUGCGCAAAUGGGAGAAGAAAUGGGUGACAGUUGGAGACACGUCCUUACGCAUAUUUAAGUGGGUGCCAGUAACAGAAACAAAGCAGAUAUAUCGCACCAAAUCCACAGGUGGAGAUGUGAGAGGGCUGAAAGAUGUGGUCCUGGAAAAUACCAACUCUUUACUGGAUUUCACUGAUGAAAACAGCAACCAGAGCUUUCUGUCGGACGUUUACCAGCCUAAAAUGGAUAACAGCAGCAGCACUUCCAGCUCGCAGCAGGUCAGCCCUCCACAUACCUCCAGCCUGCGAACUGAAGACUCUCAGCCGCCGAUGCUGGGCCAGGAGAGUGUUGAUGAGCCAGUUCAUUCAGGACAGGAGGGGGCCGAUGAGCCUCCGACUCUCAUCAAGGAGGACCUUCUUUCAUCAGGAACUGUCAGACGGAGCACCCCAGACACACAGGAGGAACUGGAUGAAUCAGGAGCGCCUCCUUUAAAGAAGAUUUGCACAGGAGAAAAUGCAGUCCUCAGAUAGCUUAUUUUUAAUCGUUUUGUUAAAACACACACAAUACCUGUCCUCAGUCUGAUUAGCUAAGCUUUGAAAAUGAUUCUACAGGUUUCUCUUGGCAUAUUUACGCAAAUAUUGCAUUUCAGCAAAUGACAAAAAAAAAAAAAAAAGUAUUUACCGCAAACUCUUUGUUCACUUUUUAAGUCUUGCUGUUUUAAAGUGAUUUCUGAAAUGAAUGGAGAGGAUUUUCCAAACUUUGUGUGACACGUCGCUGCUGUUGCGGUCGACUCACAUGCUGUAAAUGUCCAGUUUUUCUGGCAACUAAUUGUUUCUGAUUCUUUAUGCAGUUACACUUUUACUUUUGCAUGUUUCCAUAUGCUAUUGCUUUAUUUUUUUGAGGUUUACAGGUCAUUUUGAAAAAAAAAAGAAGAAAAAAAGGUGUUAAAUGUGUAGCCUUUAAUGCAGAUUGAUGUUUAGAUGUGCCAUCUUUGUUUUGAAUGUGAUUCCCUCUCCUCCCUUUUUGGCUUAUCACACAUGUAAGAAUAAAAAUGCUUUUUUAAAUAUUUAUAAUAUAAUUUGCCCAUGUUUAUAACUGAAGACAUUGCAAACCAUAAUAAAUGCUACUUUC